AGGGAGGGCUUGGAUGUCAAGCACAAAUCACAGAGUCUCAGCACAACCCAACAAACAGUUUCUCACAUGAUUCAGAAGAACGUUUAGAGGCUGCAGGGUGGUUUUUGGGGUGCAGGAAACAAGAGAAGCCAUGAACAAAGAACAAUCAUACUAUGAAGAUAGGAUCUCCAAAGACCUUCUUACAAAGGAGAUCGACCUUGUGGACAGGGACCCUAAGAAAAUUAAUGAAGAUGUGGUCAAGGUGGAGUUUGAAGAUGUGAUUGCGGAACCACAGGGGACUCACAGUUUUGAUGGAGUAUGGAAAGCCAGCUACACCACAUUCACUUUAACAAAGUACUGGUGUUACCGCAUACUCUCAGCUGUCAUUGGCGUUCCCCUUGCCAUCAUCUGGGGAAUCCUCUUUGCUCUCAUAUCAUUCUGUCAUAUCUGGACAGUAAUGCCUUGUGUCAAGAGCUACCUCAUCGAGAUCCAAUGUGUGGGCAAGACCUUUUCACUAUGUGUUCACACUUUUUGUGAUCCACUUUUCGAAGCCUUGGGAAAAAUCUUUAGCUCCAUCCGAGUCUCCAUGCAGAAAGUGGUGUGAAUUAUUUUUGUGAGCCUUGCCAGAUACUGAAAUAUGCAUUCAAUUAUUUGACGAAAAGAGAUUUGUUGAAACCUAUAAAUCGUGGAGUAGAUGUUAGCUAGAGAACAGUACCAGAUUUCUCAAAUGUAGCUAACCAAGGACAAAGAAAAUGUGUACUUUAUAUUAGAUACCAAUGGGACAUAUUGAGUGUAUUUGGACCAGUUUGAUAUUACAUAACUAUAUCUUCAAGAAUUCUUACACUCACCAUUUGAGUAAAAUUUUUUGAUGGUUUUCAUUUUGUUGAUGCAUUAUUAAAACUAUAAUCCUGUAAAAAAACAAAAAAAACAAAAACGUAGCUGUGGUUCUUUUUGUAGCCGAUGCAAACAGCAUCCAGAAUCCAAAGCUUCUUCUGUGUCCUUUUCUAAACACUGCCCAGACUUUAAAUAUAGAAAAUAACGAUGUCUGUAGUCCAGUAUGUGAUGAACAAGUUAAGUCCCCUCUUGGUGAUGACAUUCUGGGCUGCAGACAUUGUUACUGUCUAUAUUUGGAGGUAUCAUACCAAUGCCCUUCUGGUUUUUGCCUGUCUGCAGAGUUUAUUCAAACUUAAAAGAGGUACUCCUAGCAAAAUAACCACUACAGCUCACAGGCACCAUCUAUUACAAAAUUAUUUUAUAAAAACAGAGGCACUUCCUGUGCCACCCCCUC